CAACAACAACAACAACAACAACAACAACAACAACAACAACAACAACACCAACAACAACAGCAACAGACACUGGUAGAUGUGGACGACGAUGAUGUUGGAACGCCCUGCACUUUGUUUGAGGAAGAUGGCAGUCCUUUGGCAUCGAGAAAGUCAGCCAAAGCAGUAUCGGCGAUCAGCCCUGAGGGUACAGGAAAGUCAAAGGGCUGGUGGGACACCGUGAGAAUCUCGCAGCAGACACAACAGAUGCACCUUUCACCACAACAUACAAACAACCCGUUUAGACAGACCCCACAGCAAACAGGGGAGAGCAGCUCAUCCGCAGCAGCACCUCAUGGAUGGUGGCAGGAGACAAACGAGAACGAGAAGAAGGCUCCACCACCACAACCGAACCUCGUGGUCAUGACAGCGGCUCUACCGCACGAGAUCACAAGUGAAAGUUCGAGAUCGGUCCCCUCAUCCUCGCAGCAACAUGUCACACCAAUGGAGACUGCGUCAGAGAAAGCCCGGGUUUUGCUCGAAGAAAAUCAUAAUCACACUCCAGCUGACCAGCCACCUCCAUAUUCACUCAACGAGGUGAAGUUUGGCGUGGUUCCCCCUCCACCAAACACUUUUAUCUCGCGACCAAUACCGUCACCUGGACCAGUGUCACCUGGUCUUCCCGGAACCAUGACAUCGCAAGGAGCUAUCAUGAUGUCGGAUGUGCCAUUAACCCCCAGGAGGGCCCCGACAGCUGUAAUUCCUGAUCGCCCUAUUGGCACACAUGUCACGCAAGAUCAGUUUCAAGCAGCACCUGGGACCAACUUCCCAGUGGAGCGGAACAGAAGGCGGCACGAGAAGGAGGAAUUUGUUGCUAGGAAAGUUGGUGGUUUCUGGAGAGGCAGAGGCUGUAUACCUGCGGAGGGCUGCUUUGGACGGACAGGCCGCGAAGGAAGAAAGAGACGCCGCAUUUGGUUGGCGGUUUGGGGUGGCAUCAUUGCCCUGAUAAUCCUAAUCGUGGUCCUUGCGGUUGUGUUGGCUCGCAGAUCCAUCGCACCAUCCCGUGCGGUCUCACAAAAUCCAGUCCCCUCAAGUCCGGCAGAAACAACCGAACCAGUCAGCACGAUUUGGCUCAACUUGACCGAUUUCCCACCUAUGCCAACAGGAGUUUUGACGGUGUCGGGCCCAAACAAUUCCGACACGGUUGAUGAGUGUCUUCAAGAGAGUGCGAAGACCUUGUGGAGUUGCGCAAUCCCCAAGGACCAACAAGACCCGAACGCCCUAUUUGACCCAGAUCAACCUGAAUUCAUCUUCCAGAUUCAGUUUGACAACAAUACCCGAUCUCUUUGGAAUGUCAGCGAGACAGGUGAGCAACCUACUCGAAGAAGCAUUGCGGAUCUUGUAGAAGAGCAUAGUUUUAACGCCGUUGCUGGACGUCGAGUGUUCUCAAGCGCCAUUGCUCGAGCUGCAGCAUUCAUCCGCCGUGCUAUCGUGUACGACCCUGGCUUCUCACCGUCUCCUGCACCGCCCGAGCAAGCUGAUAUGUUCUUCCUGGGAAACACUACCGACGGCAUUGUCUCUGAUAACAAGGCGGGCGAGCCCACGCCCUUCUUCAUCAGUCUCCUGUCCUCAGUUGACAAGCCCGUGGGACCGAAUGUGCUUAGCAGGCGAGGCAUAGGCAACGGUAUCGACACCGCCCCUACAAACGGGUCGUCGGCGAGUCAGAACAUCAGUCAUUUCGUCGAUGCCCCGAUAGACGGCGCCGGAAGACCUCUGCCCGCGGUGCUCUUCCCCUUGCCGUCCCAACAGCCCGUCCAUCUGUAUGACCGAGGCUUGCCGACUGAACACUACGGGUUCUAUACAUAUUUCAACAAGUCGAUCUACAUCUUCAAUCGAGACCAGGACAACGACGCCGACAAGAACGGCGGUGCACUGCUCGAAGAUGCCACUGCCCUGAUAGAAUGGAGCCAGGCUCGGUUCCUCGUGAAGAUCUGGACGCGUCUCGACUCCGAGCUGCUCGGCAACGGCACCGCUCCGGGGACCGACGGAACUACGGUGCACGCACAACCUGGUACCAUGCCCUAUCCCGUCACCAUCGUGGAGGACUUCCACGGUGGCGACGAAGUGACAAAGGCCACCGUCGUGUGGGACAUUACGAAGAAACAGCGCGUCGAUACUUCGAAUGCCAAGCUGAUUACCGUUGACAGGGGUGCUGGUGGCACUCUGAUCAACCCGGCGAGCGCUGCGGAUAGCUCACUAGGUGGCAUUGACGGAGGGUCCGGCGGAUGUAGGUGCGAGUGGGUUAACUUUGUCAAUAAAUAAAAUUUUGGAGAAAGAGGAAAUGGAGCGUUUGCAUUGCAGCGAAGGACGGAUACAAAUACCAUGGAUAGGUGUUCAGGGAAAGACUGUUUUGGAUCGGAAAACUUUCAAUUUGGCAUCAUAAAAUGCUCUUAAUAAUUAGUGUUCAGUUUGUUUAACCAAGACGAAUGUUCAGG